ACAUAUUUCUAAGUAAUCACGCACCACAGAUAGAAACAGUGGUUAUGAUAACUAGAUAAUCCUCAAUGGAUCCUAGCUUCCACAAAUUUUCGUUUGUUUCUUUCAGUGUGAUUCUGAGAUAUGUUCAAUUAUAAAUAUACAUGUUGCGACGAUUUCUUACUUACUUAUGAGGUUACCCUAACAACACUGCAUUUCCCUUAAUUCAGCUUUAUUUUUCCGGUUUUGUUGUUUUGUUUUCUAUUUAUACUAUUUACUUUUGUCUAGAGUACUAAAAGCUAUUUUUUUUUUCAUAUUAGAAAGAGCCAGUGAUUUCAUAAAUGUAAAGAUGACAAUUACUAAUGAGGAAUAUGACACGAGUCUCACGGACGAAGAGAGCGGAAGAUACCACAACCUCUUAGAGCGUGUUAUUGAAGCGGUCGGAAAUCUCUUCAGAACUGAUAAGAAUUUCAAAAGCGUUGAAAUCCUACGUUUCGAAAGAGGCAGUGUGGUAGUAAUUUUCAGUUUAAGAUUCGAGCGAACAGUAAAUACUGACAACAUUAUUUCUGUCCUGAAGGACGCCGCGCGAGACAGAAAACUUGGUAAAUUCAAAAUAGAUCCAUUAUCGAUCACGGCACUUCAAGAUGCCAUUUUUCCAGUAACAAGUUCGCCGAAGGUAUCCUCCUCAGGUAUUUGACUAUAAUUAUUUAAAGACUCUUCAAAAUUUUUCGCGUGGUUUAAACGGCAGAAUACCUAUGCCUGGUCUGGCCCCAAUAACGAAAGCAUUUAAGCUUAAUCCUUGCGGAAUAGACGAUGAGGGUCUCCCAAGGGGUGUCCUUGUUCCCUUGUUCCCUUCCAAAAUUGUCCUAUGUUCCCACACUGUUUCCUUAUUUGUUCCCCGUUUAAUAAAUUUGCUUGCCACUUAUCGUCGCCCUACAUUUCAUACAUACAUACAUACAUACUUUAUUGAGACUCCCUUCAACAGGGCUUUUCGGUCACAAUGUUAAGUGCCACUAUGAUCAAAA